AGUAAAAAUCACAUGACAGGUUACUAGCAUGUGAUGCGAGUAACCUGACAUAGUAAAAAUCACAUGACAGGUUACUAGCAUGUGAUGCGAGUAACUGUACACAGUCGCGAAUGAGAUGACUGUACACUUACAAAACCCAUUAACAUUCCAGAGUAUCGUUUUACUAGACCUUUCAAAAGAGGUUAUCAUGGCGACUGUAGAAAAUGGUUUUAUAAGCCAAGGUGUGGCAUGUAUAUACAAUGGAGCUCGUGUAGUCUUGUCAAUUCAUUAUUUGACCACAGACUAAUUGCAACAGAUUAUUAAAAAAAAUCCUGUAGAUUGGUAUAUUUAUGUGAUAGAAAGAAAUGCCCUCAAAUCUAAAUUGGGGGAAAUGGUUUUAUUCACCAAAUAGAAUUGAGGAAAUAAGAGAAAUUGACCAAUAUUAUACUCUUGAGUGACAUUGGACGAGAGAUUUUGUAUGCAACACAAAUAGACUAAAAUAGUCAAUUGGAACCAUAUGUACUAUACUGCACAAAGCCACGAACUGGAUGGCAGAACAGUUGCAAAACCCAUUAACAUUUCAGAGUAUAGUUUUACUUGAUCUUUCAAAAGAGGUUAUCAUGACGACGGUCAGAUAUCUACGCAAUUUUGUUUUAUCCUGAUUAAACCGGUUUUAUAGCUAAGGUGUGGCAUGCAGUUACAAUGGAUCUCCUGGAGGAAUGCGUAACUUGUGAGUAUUAAUUAUUGUUGCUGAUUUGGUUAUAUUUGCCAAACAUUUGGUUUAUGUAACUUUUGAAAGACAAAAAUCAAAAUUUUACAAUGACAUGAUGUUGAAGUUACAUUUCUGGUAUAUUGCAAUCAUUAUGCUUUAUUGAAUUUAUUCAACAGUGAAUGAUGGUUUGGUUAUCCUAGCGACAAAGAACUAUCCUUACAAAGACAUGUCAGGAUUGAUUUACAAACAAUAUGGACAGUAUUUAAGUCCAAAUGCCAUCGGCAAACGACUAAAACGUCUAGGAAUAUUGCCCAGGAAAGGAAUUACUUUACAUAGCGAGGAUGACAUUAAACACACUAUUCAGGUUAUUUUACAUGAUUUGCCGGAGACUGUUGGCUACAGGAGCAUGACCAAUAUACUCUGUCGGAAAGGAAUGCACGUGAGAAGGGACAUUGUCAUGAAAGCAAUGAGGGAAGUCGAUCCGGAUGGAACUGAACACCGACGGAGACGUAGGAUUCAAAGAAGAGUGUACAGAUCCAUUGGGCCAAAUCACACUUGGCAUGUUGAUGGGUAUGACAAAAUGAAGCCUUUCGGUUUUGCAAUCCACGGAUGCAUAGACGGAUACUCCAGAAAGGUCAUGUGGUUGACAGUAGGACCGUCUAAUAAUGAUCCAAGGAUUGUCGCAACAAAUUUUGUCCAGUGUGUAAACAGAGUGAAAGGAUGUCCAAUUGUAUUGCAAACUGAUCCUGGGACGGAAAAUGUUAUUAUGGGAGGAAUACAGUGUGUUUUCAGACAUGAGGCAGAUGACUGUUUUUCUGGUAUCAAUUCUUUCCGUGUUUCGCGGUCUGUAUUCAACCAGAGGAUAGAAGCAUGGUGGAGUAUGUUGAGGCGGCGCCAAACUCAUUCAUGGAUCGCUAUGCUGAAGGACUUCGAGGCAUUGGGCAACUUUCACCGGGGAAAUGUCAAUGAAAUAUAUUGCCUUAGAUAUUGCCUAAUGCCUUUGAUCCAAAGAGAAUUGGACAACAUUCGAGAUGAAUGGAAUAGUCAUCUAUUGUCGUACAGUCGACAAGCAUCAUGUCCAAAUGGUCGUCCGGAUGUUUUAUAUACCCUUUGUGAAGACACAGGUGGCAAGCAAUGUUUGCAGUCAGUCGAUGAAGAUGACGUAGAAUGGGCGAUAACUGAGUGCCAGUUUCCGUCGCGAAGUGGAUCGUUUGAAUUUGAUGAUCAUGCAAUGAACUCUUUUGAGGAAAACAACGAACAUGAUGCGUUCACUUGGACUGAGGCAAUCGAUAAUUAUAACUCGCUAAGGAAUCGCAUAGGAGGGUUAUGAAGGCAAUUUGAUUUUGCCAGUUGAGAGAUGGGCGUCCGGUAUGAUAACUGACGGUGUGAAGACAUAUGUAUAUGACAGGACAAUGUCAUGAUAUUGUAACUUUCAAAUAGUUAAAUUCAAUAGCAGGAUUUCAUGUGAUAUGAUGUUUGUUUAAGAAAGUAAACAAAAGGAUGAUGAACAAAGAGAAAUUCAAA